AUGAGGAGGGGGGUUUGGGUCUAUGCUUCUACGGUUCCCAGUACGACAUGCUUGCAUGGUAGCAUAGGUGCAAACCCACCCUACCACAUCCUUCUGAUGGGUAGGGAGGCGAGGCUUUUGGGGGUAGCGCAAGUCGCUAUGAUCCCCUCAAAGCAAGUUUGGUGGACUAACCUUCUCGAGGUUGCCGACCCUGUUCUUGGUCUAAUACCCUAUGUAUUAGACGUAACUAAAACCGCCAAGCGAACCAUUGCAGGGAUGGAGAGGUCAUGUCCUUGCGAGUUCAUCGUCCAAAAAGGAAGGACGGUGGACAGUAAAUGA